CUGAAGAAAUUGUGCUUUCUCCAAUUUUGGGCAACCGCUUUCAGCACAAAGGGAGCAUUUCUUAUGUAUCUCUGAGUAAGGCUGUCCUGGGAUCAUAAUUACUUCCGGACGAAGGGAGUACCUUUUACCAGUUCUAUCGAUUUCUACGCUCCAAAAGUCUGCUUCCCAAUAGAUUCGGAAUCGCCGGCGCCAAAGCGAGCUGCUGAACUAUGAAGAUUUUUGUGAAGACUUUGAAAGGGGCUCAAUUCACGAUCGAAGUUAAACCUGACGACACCGUUUCUAAUGUGAAGAAAACCAUUGAAACUGUUAAGGGUUCAGACGUUUACCCUGCUGCACAGCAGAUGCUUAUCCAUCAGGGAAAAGUUCUGAAGGACGCAACAACAGUGGAAGAAAAUAAAGUUGCUGAAAAUAGUUUUGUUGUUAUUAUGCUUAGCAAGAAUAAGACCCCAGCAGGUGAGGCUUCAUCAACACAAUCAGCACCUUUAAUUACGGCCGAACCUAUAGCAACCUCCACAGGACAAUCAACACAGACAGUAACAGCACAACCAUCUACUGCCUCCAUUGUCGUGACUCCACACCCUGCAUCUGGACUUGCCCCUUCUCAUUCUCCUGCCCCAGCUUCUGCUGUUUCUGUCUCAGGUGUCUAUGAUCAAGCAGCAUCAAACAUUGUGGCCGAAAGUAACUUUGAGACCACAAUUCAACAAAUUCUUGAUAUGGGUGGGGGAAGUUGGGACAGGGAGACAGUCAUCCUUGCUUUGCGUGCUGCAUAUAACAAUCCUGAGAGAGCUGUUGAUUACUUGUAUUCGGGUAUACCUGAACAAGUUGGAGUUGAAGAUGCAGAACAAACUUCCACUACUCCUGGCGGUCAAACCAUGGACCCUCUAAAUGUGGCAUCUCAACAAACAAUACCUUCCAGUGGCCCAAAUGCCAGUCCUUUAGAUCUCUUUCCACAGGGCCUUCCAAAUAUGGCAUCUAUUCCAAAUGCUGGUAAUUUGGAUUUUCUACGCAACAGUCAAGAGUUCCAAACGCUUAGAUCCAUAGUGCAAGCUAGUCCUGAAACGUUGCAGCCGAUGCUUCAAGAGUUGGGAAAGCAAAACCCUCAACUUGUUCAGCUUAUUCAAGAACAUCAGGCUGACUUCCUACGCCUCAUCAAUGAACCUGUUGAAGAAUCAGAUGACGAAGGGAACACAUUGGAAAUCUUGGCCGACUCGAUGUCAGAAGCUGUCACUGUCACUGCUGAAGAACGGGAGGCAAUUGAACGUCUUGAAGCCAUGGGGUUCGAUCAAGCUUUGGUAUUGGAAGUUUUCUUCGCAUGCAACAAAAAUGAGGAGCUGGCAGCGAACUAUCUUCUAGACCACAUGAAUGAGUUUGAUGAAUAGCCAGAAUGGGAAGUUAGGAAGGCCGGUACUUGAUGUUCUUACACCUUUCUUCCCUCCCCCUUUUAAAAACCUUGUCGGGCUUUGACAUGUGUGGAUAAGAUGGUCUCUUGUACGUUCAACAAAUGGCUCUCCAGCACGAGUUUGUAAUUACUGUUAACGUAAAUCCAGUACUCCAUGUCACUGCAAAUCCAGUACUAUAUAUAUUUUUAAAGAUUUAU